AUGGCCAGCCCCGGCAAGUGGGAGCGCCUGAGGCCGCUGCAGCCGGACACGCUGCGCGUGAGUGAGGCACCAAUGGUCAACCUGAAUGUGCAAGAGAACACACAGCUUGUGAAAAAAACAGCAGAAGGCAAAAGGCCUCGAUUUGAUGCAUCCUUGGUGCUUUUGACACGAAGAUUUAUGGCUCUUCUCAAAAAAGCUCCAGACGGUGUCCUUGAUUUAAAUGAAGUUGCAACAACACUUGGAGUACGAAAACGAAGAGUAUAUGACAUCACCAAUGUGUUGGAUGGAAUCGACUUGAUUCAGAAAAGGUCUAAGAAUCUUAUCCAGUGGAUAGGUAACAAUCUUGACCAAGUUGUUGGAAAAGCACCAGAGCAGCAAAACCUUAAAGAUGAACUUUCUGACUUAACAGCCAUGGAAGAAGCUCUGGAUGAAUUAAUCAAGAAUUGUGCUCAUCAGAUAUUUGAACUAACAGAUGACAAAGAAAAUGCAAAACUAGCUUAUGUGACAUACCAAGAUAUCCGAAGCAUUCAGGCAUUUCAGGAACAGAUUGUGAUCGCAAUCAAAGCUCCAGAGGAAACUAAAUUGGAAAUACCAGUUCCUAAGGACGAUCACAUAGAAGUACAUGUGAAGAGCACAAAAGGACCCAUUGACGUGUAUCUAUGUGAGGUGGAAAAAGAGAAGCCAGAUGCCAAAACUUGUGAAGAUAUGGAUACUGUCACUAGUGAAACUGAGAUGUCAUUUUAUCCUGAUGAGGUGAGAUCUCCGAUGGAAGAAAAAAAACCAUUUGAGAUGCCAGAUUAAUUGCAACCCAAAAAUCUAAUACAGAAUGUAAAUAUCUGUGUAAUAGUGCUUUUCCAAAGCUGCUUGGAUCUGCAAACUUCGGAACCUGAAAUGUUCCAAAGUGUUUUAAAAAGCCAGCAGUGGAGUGGUUGAGUGCUUUCACAGGAUUGCUUAUCUUCCCAAGUCAAAAGACAACAGUUUCUGGAGUUGCGUUUAGGAGCUUUGUUUUCUUAGUUGCACGUGACCUACAGAACUUUGGGAAAACGGUAUUUUUACCUUAUAGUUUUAAUUGACAGAAAACAUAGAUAAUCAAUUACUUCCAAAAAGGAAGGUUGGAGAACUAUUUCUGGAAUGGUCCACAAUCUGUGUGAGAAUGUAUAAAAUUAAUAAAUGCACUUUUCAGUUCUGAGGCUGCACUACUAAGCAGGAUUGUCAAAUACAAGUGUGACAAAGAGCUGUUACUGUGUAUUGGAAGCCUUUGCUAUAAAGAACAAGAUGUAAAUAUCCUGAGAGUUACGCCUUACACUGUGUAGGUGCUGUUUGCAUCCAGCUCUACAUGAACUAUGGUAUCAACACUGAAGUGAAAUAAUUGGGCUUUGUGUACAUACUUGUAUCAUUUCUAGGUAGUUACUGAUGUACAUUUAUUGAGAUGGUUUGCAUUUCUGCCUUUGUACAGCAAAGAAAUUAAAUAAGCUUACAAAAUAAUAUAAGCUUACAAAAAUAUGGAAUAGUCUAAUGAAACAUGUUGGGCUGCCUUUGUUGCAAUUCACUGAGUAACUACAAACGUUUCAAAUUACAUGAAAAUUGAAAAUCUGUUUUAUGUGGUGCUGUUACAUAACACUUAGAUCUGGAUCUUUUGAUGCCACAGUACUGUAGAAGUUUUCAGAAGAAUGAUUAAUAACUACUUAAAUUGGUCUCUUCCA